CCGCGGGUUUCCGGCAGCUCCGGCUAUUUUAAGGAACGCGGUGCUCGAAUCGUCUAGCUUUCGGCCCUCUGCUGUCUGGCUACGGAUCUCGCCUUUUCCCCUCCGGAGCCCCCCCAGCAUGGGUCCCUGGCCCCGCUUGCUGCUGGCCGCCUUCCUCCUGCUCUUGUCCGGCGUCGGCACCGCGCACUGCGACACACCGGCCAACUGCACCUACCCUGACCUGCUGGGCACAUGGGUCUUCCAGGUGGGCGCUGUUGGUUCCCAACGCAACGUCAACUGCUCGGUCAUGGGACCACCAGAAAAAAAAGUAGUGGUGCAUCUUGAGAAGCUGGACACAGCACGUGAUGAUCUUGGCAAUACCGGCCAUUUCACCAUCAUUUACAAUCAAGGCUUUGAGAUUGUGUUGAACGACUACAAGUGGUUUGCCUUUUUUAAGGAUGUCACUGAUUUUAUCAGUCAGUUGUUCAUGCAGCUGGGAACUGUGAGGGUACAUGAUUUGAGACAUCUGAGGAACAAACUGGUUGUUACAUAGAGCAUCUGUUGAGGGGCUCUUUCAAAACAACAGCCAAGCACAGUCUUUGGGGCUAAAAGGCAGAGCAGCAUUCAGCCAUGGACCUGCCUCCCUCUAACAGGUAGCAGAGGCCUCUGGCAGCUACAUUCCCUUCUGGAGUCUUUUUGUGCCUGUAAAAUGCUGAGCAGUCCUGGUGACCUACCUCCAAGGCAGCUGCCCUCCGGAACAUUUCCUUGGAAAGCAGCAACCGCCAUUUUGAAAUGUGAACAACCAGAGACUACACAGGAAAAAGGAAAGAAAAGUCUGGAAGUCUUAGGUGGCUUCACCAUUCAGCCUUUGAAUGAAAGGAAAGAUACGCAACUCAAGUUUUUCCCUUCGAAUAUUACUCUAUUGAAAUGAUUUUUUCCAAACUGAUUAGGAUUUGAAUUUUGUGUUUAAUUUUGUUCAUAGUGCAAAUUUUAUUCCCAGUUAAAUUAUCUUCGUGUGUGCCUUCUUUCUCUAAUUACCUUGAGGAACCCCAGCACCUACUGUAAGGAGAAAAUGCUUCAGGAUAACUCGAGAUGCAGAUAUGUUAUUGGUGGAAAGAUGGUUCUGUGGAGGACUUCGUUGGGGGUACAGGUUUGCUGAGAUAAGUCAAACUGCUGAAAGCUAUCUUUGCAGAUCAUAGGCCUGCAUUACCCUGGCCAGAAAGAUGGGGUGAUUAAUACUUUUUUUUUUUGCCUAUUUUUUGAUUAGAUGCCAGCUUUGUACUAAGAACUUGAUGUGCUUUACCUUACAAGAAUCUUUUGAAGUAGAUAUUACUAGCUUCAUUUUCUAGAUGGGGAAAAUGAGUCUCUUACAGUGCUUAAACUCACAUGGCAUCUAAUUGUAAAAUGACAAGGGCUAGUCUCUCAAGCCUAAGGACCUCCUUGGGGCUAAAGAGUAAAAGAAAAGCCAUUUCACAAAGAAGUAAUGGUACUUGGAGUAGCAUUUCAAUAGAUUUUCUGGUGAAUCCCAGUUUGUAAGCAUCUUGAAGGCUAGUUUAAUAGAAUUAAUUGCAUUGAGUUGACUCCUUUUGAAAUUUUAGGAGAACUGGCUUAAAGCUUACAUUUCCUUACCAAAUUAGGCUAUUCCUUUUCUUUCCUAAACCAGGGUCCUUUUCAAAAGGAAAACUUACCUUCUUUCCUUUCUAGUCCUCCAACUUGGAAGGAGAGCUUUGUAAGCUUCAAAUUAAUUACAAAUUAAGUACCCUUGCCAAGUUGACUUCUUGCAGUUACACUAUUGUUCACACUGAUUGCUAUCUUUCAGCUCUUUCCUACUAAACAAUGGACUGUUUCCUGCUCAGUUCAGUAAACUGAAAAUGUGGGGCUACACCUAGUCCCUAUUUUCUGGGAGGGCUUUUCUCCUAUAUCUUUGCUUCAAUGGAGGAAUCUCUAGAUACCGGAUUUUUAUCAUUAUUUUAUUGGUUUAGAUAACUUUUUAUGACCUCUGAGAGGCACUGGUCUGCUAUUCUGGGCAGGUCAUGUCUUAGAAAGGUGAAGUAACUGUACACGUGACUGCUUCUACCUGGGUACUUUCUUCCAUCCUACCUCUGGACCUGAUCAUUCGUCACUCAGGACCUUGAUGCGGCCUCUGUGAGACCCUCCCCAGGGCUCUCCAUUUGUGGGAGAGAUGCCGUUAUUUGAUUCACGUUGUGCUUUGCAGUCACCUCUGCUCAGGUAGUACUGUUCUAACUGCUGUAGACAUGGAGUGAUUUUGAUAGCACGUUUUCACCUUCUUCCAGAUUGAAAAUCUGUCAAUCUCCCUGUGUGUCUUCAGAACCCAAUUACCCAGGACUUGAUAAGUGUUUGGAAAAUUGACCACACUUCUCUUGUCUCUUCAAAGGCUUUUCACAAGUAUUAUCAGCUUGGAAAGAAUUAAUUCUAUAGGAUUCUAGAAGCACAAAUCAGGAACGAUGCUAUGUUUAUAUUUUUGGUUCUGUGUUCUAAAAAAUAAGGUUACCCAUCUCCAGAGUUCUAAAAGAGUGGUGUAUUUUCAACCUAAUUUCCAGGAUGCGAAUACUGACAAAGCAGCUAAUGUGUAUAAGAAUGUAUUUCAUAUUGAAUUUAAAAUCACCUCUACUAAAGUCUCUUUUUUCUAUUUCUCUGAGCAACUUUGCACGUAAAUGUUUUGAUUAUGGAGAAGACUUGGUGGGUACAGAAUUAUAGAUAUUUGUGUUAGGCGCCAUAAUAUAAUACUACUUAGCAUUCUCUGUCAUAAUUGUUUGUCUUCUCUAGUCUUUAAAUUCAGAGGGCAGGAAUGUACUCUGUAUUAUUAACCAUUUUGUUCCCUGUAUAUAGUGUGAUACAUGAUAAAUAGACCUUUAAUAAA